AUGGCUGAUGAUGAUCAUGUACAUUCCACUAAUUCCGCUGUUAAUGUUGAAUCUAAUCCACAAAGUCCCUAUUUCCUCACCAAUGUUGAUCAUCCUGGCGUUCUUUUGGUGAGUGAGAAACUGAGCAACACCAAGGUUGCUGUCCUGUUUUCUUCUUUGAGCAAAUGCAACACCAUUGUGUUGUCUCGGCUUCUUAAUUCUUUGUUUUCAAAAAUUGGUCAGAGUGUAAUCUAUGUUGAUUCCUCUCAUGUAAUGUGGCUUGAGUUGAAGGAACGUUUUUCUCAAGGUAACAGACCUCGGAUCUUUGAGUUGCAAGCUGCUAUUUCUGCAUUAUAUCAAGAACAUAGUGAUGUUAGCACAUAUUUCACAGAUUGA